CCGGCGGCCGCAGCGAAAACAGCGGAGCCUGCGGGAUGGCGGCGGGCGAGGGCGGGGCCGACUCGCUGCCCCCGCCCUCCCCCUCCUUGCCCGUCCCCCUUCCGGGCCCCGAGCGCGCCUUGGAAGAAGCGGUGGCCUCGGGCAGCCUGAGUCUGGCGGGACGGCGGCUGAGGCACUUCCCCGGAGGAGCAGCUCGGCGCUGGGACCUCAGCGACACCACGCAAGCGGAUCUCUCCCGGAAUCGCUUUGCUGAAGUGCCUGAAGAUGCUUGCCACCUGAUGUCCUUGGAAGGACUGAGCCUGUACCACAACUGCCUGCGCAGCCUCCCUCCGGCAAUUGCCAACCUCCAGGCCCUCACCUACUUGAAUAUCAGCCGGAACCAGAUCUCCACCUUGCCCUCCUGCCUCUGUCACCUGCCCCUCAAAGUCCUCAUCGCAAGCAAUAACAAGCUGGCGUCCCUGCCGGAUGACAUUGGCUCCCUCAGCAGCCUUCGCCAACUGGAUGUCAGCAGCAAUGAGCUGCAGUCGCUCCCAGGGAGCAUGGGAGGACUGGAGUCUCUUCGGGAUCUCAACAUUCGCCGGAACCAGAUCACCGUCCUGCCUGAAGAGUUGGCUGAGCUUCCGCUGGUGCGGCUGGAUUUUUCCUGCAACCUGGUUGCUCGCCUUCCAGUCUGCUUCCGUCACUUGCGACACCUCCAGUGCAUCCUUCUGGAGAACAAUCCCCUGCAGUUCCCACCUGCCCAGGUCUGCCUGAAAGGCAAAAUCCACAUCUUCAAGUACCUCAACGUCGAGGCCUGCAGCAAGGCCCGGUCGGACCUGGCAGAGUUUGCCCAAGGACGCCCCACUGGCUUUGGCACAUGCCUCCCGGAGGACUUCUAUCCAGCGCGCCAGUAUGGGGGCCUCGACUCGGGCUUCAACAGCGUGGACAGCGGCAGCAAGCGGUGGUCGGGGAAUGAGUCCACCGAUGAGUUUUCAGACCUCUCCUUCCGCAUUGCUGAGUUGGCCCGCGACCCCAAGCAGCUGAAGGAGAAGCGCGGCGGGGCAGCAGGAACAGCAUCCCACGAGGAGCACCAGAAACCAGCCAGGAGCUCUUCCCAGAGAGCAGGCACUGCAGAGCCAGGAGUGACUGGCAGGAGCAGCAGCGGGGCCAGCCUCCCCAGGCCAGAGCUGUCUACCGAGGAGCGCCGUCGCCCUGAACUCCUGCAGUUAUGGCAGGAAAGGGAGCGCCAGCAGCAGCAACAGCAGCAGCGGCCACAGUGGACCCAGGGGACGGAGAAGCUGGACAGGUGGUCACCUGGGAACAGCCUGGUGGAGAACAGCAGCAGCCUCUCUCAGCUGAAGCACUGCAGCCAGGGAGCCGAACAGCUGGCUGGUUCCCCCAGGCAAAGUCCACGCUAUGCAGACCCUCUUCUCUCUCAGAGUUCUACUGCUGCCAAUCCUGUACCCCGAGAUGCCAGCUCGGUGCAGAGGCCUCCCAGUUUCCUGUUCCGCUCGUCCUCCCGAAAAAGUAUCCAGCAGAGUUCUGGUUCGCUCUCGCCUGAGCUCGGCGGCCGCUUGAGGUCCCGGGCUGGAUCCCAGGCCCUGGAGGAGAGGGAGCUACUCAGCCAGCUGCGCAAGGCAAUCGAGUCCCGUCUGAACCUUACGCUGGCUGAGGACUUGGGCGAGGCUCUGGCGGACGGGGUCAUCCUUUGCCAGCUGGCAAACCAUCUGUGCCCGCGCUCUGUGCCCUUCAUCCACGUGCCGUCGCCUGCUGUGCCAAAGCUGAACGCUGUCCAAAGCCGCAAGAAUGUGCAGAGCUUUCUGGCCGCCUGCCGCCAGCUUGGGAUUCCUGAGGUGUCUCUCUGUGGUGUCUCAGACAUUGCCCUCCUCCUCCAAGGCAACGUCCGUGGCUUCCUGCGCCUCCUGGAAGCCCUGCUGCUGCGCCCAGUGGCAGGGAGUCCCCUUGUCCCCGCCGCCCUCUCCGAUCACCUCGCAGGCUUUGGUGUCUUCUAUGCCUUCGUCAUGUUGCUCUUGUACUUUGCCUAUUGCAAGCUGUGUGGCUGCUGCUGCUGCUGCUGAGGGCUCGGACGCCCUCCCUCUGGCCGCCUAGCAGAGCAGGGUCUCCUGGCUGCCAACACAGCAGCGCCCGCGGAGCCGGCCCCUCUGCCAGCCGUCCCGCCCUGCCUUUCCUGGUCAGGGUGCUGCAGAGAUUCAGGCCUUGGUCGGGCGGCUCCCUUGGGAGGGACGUCUUUCCUCUCGCGUCAGACCGCUAGCCGGCACCCAAGCACAUGACAAGACCCCCUUCUUCACCAGGCAGAAUGGGUGGGGAGCCACUGGGGAUCAGCCGGGGUCUCCUGACUCCUCCGAGGCUGCCAGUCCCCCCAGCUUCAGAUCCGCCGUGGCCUGCUUGGUCACGCCUGUGCCUUCUCCUGGACACGACGCCCAGGAAACUGCUGCCAUGGCCUUCGUUCCGGACCCCGACCCGGUGCGCUUCUGCUCUGCUGCUCUCCUUCCCAAGUGCCUCCUGGGGCUGGAUGGCUGUAGGUCCGCCCCGCCAGGCAACGCGGAGGCCUCCGCCUGCUUUUUCCCCACAAGAACUGAGCUGCUUCAAGCACAGCAGCCCUUCGUUUUAAAAAUGGCUACUUUUCCAGUCCCCAUACGGGCUCGCACGCUCUUCUGGCCAAAGGUUGGAGCCUCUUCUAGCGUUUGCAGAGCUUCCUGGCUAUUUUGCGCUCUGAAACGCAGGUCUGACUUGCUCCCCCUCUAUCUGCCAGCUGGGAACUCGAGGUCCUCUUGGCAGGCGGCCCAGACCCUCCUAGGGCUGCGGGCCAAAUGGCCACAAGUUUCUGUGGCAUCCGGGCACUCCGUCCCUACGCUUGCCACAGCAGUGGCCUAAUCCCGAGGCAGGUGGGACGUGCUUUUGGAAAACCUCUGUCUACAGCUGCCAGGGGUGGUGCCUGCCUGCGUUCGAGGGUGGGUGCCGGGCCGUGGUCUUCUGCACCUGAAGGCUCCAGGUGCCUCCGGUCUCUCCACCCAGAGCCGUGAGCCAUGAGCCGCCCCUGCACUGCUGGUCAAGCCCCAGUUAAAUGGAAAUGCCUUAACGGGAGAGCGCGAUUCCCCUUCCUGAUCUGGGCCCUUUUGACAACACUCCCCAUGUGCUGCCUUAAAUAUAUUAAAUUAUAUAUACACGUAUAUAUAUAUUUUAUAGACCCCCCCCAGGGUAUAUCUAUCUAUGUAUCUCUCUGAAGAUAGGACUACAGGAUAUUGUGAAGAUUAUUCUUUUCAGCGCGUGUACAA